ACCGACGAAACCGUAACCCGGGCAAAUGUAUCAUUUUGUCUCAGAACAAACACCGGAACUGCGCCUCUCCGACAAUGUGCUCAUUUCCAGCCAUACAACGCAGUACCUGAAGAGCUUUCAACUGGAAGCAGUGCGUUUUCUCCACGACCGGCUGUCCAAACAAGAGUUUUGUAUAUUUAACGAUGAGAAUGGUCUGGGUAAAUGUGCUUCUAUAGUCGCCUUGUUAAAUGGCCUGGGAGCAACCAAGAAGACGCUUAUUGUGCUACAAAACGAUGAUCACUUGCUGGCUGGCUGGCAGUUUCACCUGGGAGUCCUCACCGAUUUGCCCGUAUGCGUCAUAAAGGAUGUUAAUAACAGCACAGAGUCGGCGCAUAGCGUUUAUCUCAGCAAAUGGAGCGUCCUGCGUAGCAUUGGCGAUCUCAGCAAGCUGAAGUUUGACUACGUCAUUGUAGAUCAUCGCGGUUUUACGUUAAAUAACAACUUUUGCACUUCCAUGCUUCUCAAGCAAUUCGAGCGCAAAGUCAACAUUGUGAUCUCUAGUGUGGACAUUACGUCCGAUGUAAAGCUGCUGUAUAAUGUGUUACGCUUAGGCGGUUGCCUGGAGCAUCAGUACAAGACCUUCCAAAGCUUUGAGCGUAAGUUUCACCUGCCCGAUGUUAAGGAGGUGCUAAGCAAACGCGUCGAUCUCGAGGAAUACUACAAGCAGCGCGGCGUUCUGGGCGAAUAUAUCAAAGACUUUCGCCUGCGUCGAUAUCGGCACCAGUUCGAGUCAUAUUUGCCGCUGGUAACACCGGAGCAAUUCAAGAUCAAUUUAUCGCUUUGGCUGGGAGAAAAUAACAGUAAUAGCACAAUAAGUCAAACGACAAUAGAAUCCUCAACAGAGGCGCUUUCCACAGGCGGAACUGAUGAAAUAUUCGAGUGCCUGAUGAAAAUAAAGCAAGAACGCGAAUGGACCCAGCAGGAAAAACCAGAGAAAAUGUCAGUAUCGGAGUCAAGCGAUGAAGCAAUUGGCAUGGAGCCACUGGUUUUGGAAAUGUCCGACUCAGAAACCGAAGAGGUUGUGGAAGAGAAUGUGAGAGUGGCUAAGAGUACGCCAACAAUGUCAUCCACCGAUGUAGUGCUGCUCUCCAGCGAUGAUUGUGAGAUUGUAACACCACCAACAACACCACCGAGCUUGUCAAGAGUGCCAACAACGUCACCAGCGACGAAAACAAAGAGAAAAUACACAAAACGCUCGCUGGCUGCAAAGUCGGUAGAUCUCACCGAUUCGGAGACUGAGGAACCGACGAACUCUCAACGAAAGACCAGAAAAUUGAACAUUAGACUAAGUCGAGUUACGCUAACUCAAAAUACUCAGGAAGAAGUGACAUCAAACUCCAAAAAGUCUCUAGAGCCCGUAACGAAAUCUUCUCCUAAAAAGUCACCUGUGCUGAAGGCACCAUUGAAACCAGCACCUGUUGCAUCCAAGCAGUCACAAGAACCGACAACAUUAUUGAAAGCUGCGCAAGCAACAAAACCUCGACCUGUUGAUACUAAAAUAGUAUCCGAACUGACGACUAAGAAGUCACCAGAGAAAACGACUCCAUCGAAGACAACGCAAAGAACGAAAUCUCCGAUUGCUUGCAACAAGUCACCAGAAUUGACAACUAAAAAGACACAAGAGAAAAAGACUCCAUUGAAGCCAACGGCGGUGAAGAAACCAUCGCCUGUUACAGCUAAAAAGACAACGGAGCAGCAGAAAAAUGCAGCAUCUGUUUCAACUGACCAGUUGACACCAAAAAGGUCAUCGCAAGUGACAAAGCCUGCGUCUAAAAAGUCACAGGAGCAGAGAACACCUUUAGAGUCUGAAGAGCCAUUGGUUUCGAUCAAAAAGACGCAUGAGCAGAAGACACCAUCAAGGACAACACACGUAGGAAAUCCUGCAUCUAAGAAGACGCCAUUAAAGACAGCACUGAAGACAAUAGCUUCACCUGCUACAUCUAAGAAUACACCCGAACAGAAGAAGAAAUUGUCAUCACCCGAGCCGAUAACGCCCAAGCAAGAUAAGCUGGUCACACCCAAGUCCGAGCCCAAAUCUAAACGCUCCCAUUUGCGUGACAUGAAUUCAGAUGAGGUGGUGAUGAGACAAACACGGGGAAUGCAACGACUGACGCGUUCCGCGGAUUCGCGAAUGCACAGCAAGUACAUGGCACCCUUGAAGGCGUUGGAAUUUGAGAAGAAAGUCGCACCCAAAGUAAAGCGCAGACUAGACGUAAAUCGAACCCCCAAAACGAGUAAGCGCAGGAAUGAAGAGGAAGCUGUUAAACUAGAGGCCGCACUCACGCCCAAGAAAUCAACAGCAACAGCAACAACUGAAGAGGAACCAAAGGUGAAAAAAGGCAGAGGUCGCCCAAAGAACAAGUUGUCCAAUGAUUUAUCAAAGCCUUCCUCCAGCAAAAAGAAGAAAGAGGAUGUUAGUGCAGUAGUUGCCACGCCAGAGCUGCUUAGCUCUGGAUCCAUCAGCUCCAACUAUUCGUAUAUGCAGUGCGCACAAAAGCUGCCAGACAACCUCACAGAACUGGAGUCCUUUUCUGAGUUCCGCAUACCUCAGGCACCGCAGGCGACGCCUUCGAUGCUGCCCGUCACUUUGAAUUUCUUUAGCGACUCGGAGGUGGUUGUUGUUCCCAACUCAAAUCCCAAGCCGGAUGUUGUGGUGAUCAAUAGUUCGAAUGAUGAGUGCUCUCAACAAUCCACUACGCAAAGUCGACGCACACGAGCGUUGAAGAGAAAGGUCUCCAGCUCCUCUAAGGAGCAAUCGCAACCCAGCACUUCGAGCUUUGGCAUGUUGCUCGCACAGCAACGUAACGGUGUCAAUAAAUCUCCCGACAUCUUUAGCAACUGCUCCGAUUUAUCGCAGAUUACGCUGGCACAGCAUUUGCCUUCAACAUCUCCGUUUGAAGGCUUCAAGAUCUUUGGCUCUGAAGUAAAACAGCUGCAGCAACAACACGCCAAGGUGCAACAAUUGACGAUGCCAAAAAAGAAUCGCGAACGCUCCUGUCUGGAUCUCUUGGAGAAUAUGUUUGAUACGCAGAAAACCAAAGGCAAAGAAUCUGGCAUUAGUUUGUUGCCCAAUUUGCCCAGCCCAGAGAAACAGUUGCCACCACGUCGCUUCACGUUGCUGGACGAUGACAUCUUUGAGAUAACCAACAACGGCGAGUUUGGCAGUCGACUGCGUCUCAACUCCACGGGCAAUGUCUCCCCCGUCCAUCAACAGCAGCAACCGCAACAACUAUUGCAACAGCGCAACAAAAUCACCAAGUAUUUGAUUGGCUCCGGCUGCACGCCAGAGGAUGCUGGCCAACGCACUCAAUCAAGUCAAGCACAACGCAAAUCGCCGAAAAGUAUCAAAUCCACACAGUCCACCAAGCUGACCCGUUGGUUCAACUCGGCGACAGCCUCGGGAUCAUCCCAAAGUGCGCCCAGCACUCCUGUGGUGCCAGCUGAGAAAGCAAAUGCCGCUCGUGUGGCACGAAGUGGAGGACCCACAAAACGCAAGCAACUAAAUCUCUUCAAGUGAUAAGGGAGGCUGUGGAUCUCGUGAUCUAUUUCAAAAAAAGACUCAGAGACUCAAGACUAUGCAGUGAAUUGUACUCUGACAACUUGCCAAAACUUCAACAAAGUCCACAUGAUGGAUUUAAAUAAUUUUAAGAUUUUAUUCAAUGAAAUCAUUUGCUAUUUAAAGUGUGAAGAAAGUAAUCACAUCAAUUUGUUUAAAAGCUUUAGGGCUAUUCUAAAAAGUUGAUGUAAAGAAUAUUUACUCUAUUCAUUAAAUUAGGUUUAUUCACUGACACGAAUGAAGGAUUUGAAGUACCUCAAUCAAAAGUUAACAGAUUUCAAAUAGAAUCAGAAGAUUAUAAGUUUUUAUUGUGAGUAGCACAAAUUUUAAAAAUGACUUGUCUAAUUUAGUUGACGAUAUUAAUAAAUACACGUAAUUAUGUAUUUAAAUUA